AGGUUCCGCUCCAUUCCAUCGAUUUUUAAUUUAAUCCAAACAGAACAUAAGUUUAUACCAUUCCAUUUCAGUCCAUUUCAAUCCACUCUCUUCCAUCAUUUAUUACAAUUGGGCAUUUUGGCCGGAUGUUUUGAGGGGAAGUUGUAAAGAUUUAAAUCAAAGAGGAUCUUGGUAUGAUGAUGAUAACUGGCAUAGACUCGUGGUCGUGGAGUUGAGUUGUUUCUUCGUAUUGACUCGACUCUACGGUUACGGUGCGAACCCUAAAUCACAAAUUAGAACCAUCCUUUCUCUACUGAGAAUUUCUAUCGCACUCUAAGAUCAACUUUUCAUGGAGCAACUCAAUCGGUAGCUUAACCAUGGGAAGAAAACAUAAAAAGUCUACUCGUCCUCGCCAAACAGUGAUUGAUACGGUGGUGACAGAUAGAAUUAGUUGCUUACCGGGUCAUGUAAUAGACCAAAUUCUGUCUUACUUGCCAAUUAGGGAAGCCGUGAGAACAAGUGUUCUAUCCAAAAUAUGGAAGAACAAAUGGUACACACUUCCAAAUCUUGUGUUUGAUAAACAAGGUGUAGCUUUGGAAGGCUCUUUAGUUAAUAAGAGCAAGCUUGUGAGAAUUGUUGAUCAUGUACUUCUACUUCAUUCGGGGCCAAUCAACAUGUUCAAGUUCUCUCAAUAUGAUAUCAUUGAUGAAUUUUUUUUUACCGAUAUUGAUAGAUGGAUUCUUCAUCUUAUUGGAAGGUGUGUUAAAGAGCUUGUUUUGGAAAUUAUAGAUCAAGAAGAAGAAUACUAUAAGAUACCUUGGUGCUUAUUCUCUUGUCAAAGUUUACAUCAUUUAAAACUACAAUGCUGUUGGCUUAAUCCUCUGGGGGUGUUUGAAGGCUUUAGGAACUUAAAAAGUCUUGAUCUAAGUUUUGUUACAAUGGCUCAAGAUGCUUUUGAAAACAUGAUAUCUGGAUGCCCUCUGCUUGAAAAAUUGAAAUUGGCCGAAGUUGAUGGUUUAACCCAAAUUAAUAUUCACGCAUUAAAUCUCAAGAUUUUUGAAGUUUUUGGUGAAUUUGAGGGUAUUAACUUUGACAACACUUUCCAAUUAGUUACUGUAAUCAUGAAUUUAAGGUUGAAUUUGAGCCCUGAAAACAAUCAAAGUACAUUGCAUGGACGCUCUAGCAAUUUGCUCGAUUUUUUCAAUCGUCGACCUCAUCUGCAAAGCCUAGUGAUUGGUAGUUGUUUUUUAAAGUAUUUGGCUGCAGGUCUUUUGCCAAGAAAGCUUCCUACUCCUUGUAUUGGCCUAACUUAUCUUUCCUUAAGCAUAAACUUUGAUGACUUGAAGGAAAUUUCGGCUGCGCUUUGCUUGCUCAAAAGCUCACCUAAUCUUAAAAAAUUAGAAAUAUCUGCACGGAUUGAGCAUCAUACAGUCCCGUUGACACCCGUCAGUGUCUAUGAUUGGGAUGAUACAUUUUCGAAGCCAGCCACACCCAUCCCAGUGCGACAUGUGACAAUACAUAGAAUCUCUGGUUUCCAGCCUGAACUGGAUUUUAUCAGAUUUCUACUUCUCUAUUCGCUUGUGCUUGAAAAGUUGAUUGUGAAGCCUAUUGUAAAUGUCAGACCAGAGUUGGUUCCAGAACUAAUUCGGUUCAAAAGAGCGUCAGGAGAUGCUGAAGUUAUUUACCAGGUGGAAGACUCUUAAUGAUUUGUUUUCUCUUCAAAUCAUCUAAUGUAUUAUGACUUUUAAGGUAGUUAAUUAUGACUAAAGUUAAACUUUUUAACUAAGUGGCAAACUAUAAGUGAUUGACACUAAAGUUUUUUGGUUGUUGAUAAUAUAUUCCCUGAAUUAAAGUUAAUUUAGUGUUCUUCAAA